CUCGUCUCGAAUGACACAAACCUUCACAUGAAUGAAUCAAAAUAAGGUCUAGAAUAGUUGUCGAAUUUUCUCAAGAUGAUGCAGUCUGACUUUCUCAAAGAUAUCCUUAAAAAAUUAGGUUGGAACGAUGGUUUUCAAAUACCAGUUGCCAAUGAUGAAAACAGAGCUUUAGAGGAACAGGUCGCUAGGUUGACCUUGGCCAAGUUGAAGGCCAAAAACGAAUUUGAAUUAACUUCUCAAAAGCAUGACGCUUUGGAGAGGCAUUUUAAGUUUGUUUCACAGGAGAGUGAGCAGGUGGAGAAACUGAUUUCGGCUCACAAGCAACAGUUUGAUACAGAAAAUCACUAUUUGCGUAUAGCGACGGCCGAAAAGACACGUUUGGUACACGAUAUUGGGGACAACAACAAAAAGGCGAAAGAAAUCAAAGAAAAGAAUGAAGAGAAAAGAGUAGAAAUCAAAAGGAAUAUGGAGAAAAUAGAUAAAAUCAAGAAGGAAACUUUCUGGGACGAAGAAGCUUUGAAAGCGUGGGAGGAAUCAUUAAAAAAAAGGGACGAAGACAAUAACAUGUUAAAAAAGUUCUCCAAACAAGACGAGAAAAAAUUUAUAGAGCUGGAAGCAAAAAGAGCCAGUUUGCAGUUGGAAUACAUGCAGAGGCAGAAGACGGUUGCAAAAAUGGUCAACGAUCUGAUAAAUUACGAGUCUGUUUUAGAAAGAACAGGUAAAACUAUACAAAGCCAAAUAGCCGAAAGGACUUCUCUGGUGAAGCAAUGGAAGGAAACUGUCAAGAUUCUCCAUCAAAGAGAUGCCGCCAUCUCAACGCAACAAGACAAGUUACUGGAUACAAUAGAAGCAACGGAAAAAGAAAAAGAAACGAUGAAGAACGAAGAAGACAUUCUCAACAUAGCGAAAAACAAUAACAAAGAUGUAGAAAGAGAGAAUGAAGAGCUGAACUCUCAAUAUUCCAGGUAUCAAAGGGAUAUGGACAAAGUCAUCCAGUAUGUUCUGUUUCUGAACAGCGAGGAAAACAGCAUGAAGCGACAAGUAACAAAAACAGCGAACGACCUAGAGAACGAAAGAUGCAGGGCGAAAACGCUCAAAAAAGAAAUGGAGAACAAAUACGAAGACACGAUAAACAUGGAGAAGAAGAUCGAGAAACUGAAGGAGAAAUACGAAAACUUGGAAAUAGCAAAUAUGAGCAUGUCAGACCGAUGCAAGCAUCUAGAGAGGUUGAUCGACUUUGAGGCGAGACAACAUCAGGUCUUCUUGAGCGACAGCGAUAGGCUAUCGCAGGUCUUGUUUCGAGUACAAUCGAAACUCAGCGAACAGAUAGAGAUCAGCGGUAAUAAGGAGUUGGAAAUAGCCAAUCUGGCAACGCUGGUCGACGGUCUCCAGAAGAUGACAAAGGAAGCGCAAGCCAAUGUAGACAAGAGGAAAGAGAUCAUUUACAACAUGGAAUUCAAAAUCGAUCAGCUGGAAGAGAAACUGGCCCUGAUAGAACAACAGAAAAAUACCGACGACGACGAAGAAAACUACAACAAAAUCAAAGCGUUGGAGAAGGAUUACGCAGAACAGACAGAGACGAAAACCCUCCUGCAAGACCAGAUAUCGAGGAUUCAGGACGAGAUGCGUAGACUGACGACUGCCAUCACCAACGACGAGCAGAAACUGACCAUUCUACACAACAAAUUGCAAAAUGAGAAAUUAGAUUACGAGGGUGGUUUGAAACAGGUAGCCGCUGCGAAGUCUUCGGCUCAGGAAAAGCAAGUCGAGGAGAACAUAUUGAUUUUGAGGCUCAAACAGUUCGACCAGAACAUGAAGAAGGAGGAGAACGAGAUAUACAACCUGCAAAAGAUGAAACUUAAUUUGGAACAGGCCAUGCGAGAAAGAGAGCUUGAGGUGAAAAGCAAAACGGAACUGUUGCAUGUCCAAAAACGCAACCUCGAAGAAGAUCGAGGUAGAUUGAGAAUGGAUUACAAGAGCAGAGAAUUGAAAGUGGAUCAACUCCAGAGUAAAUACCACCUGGUGACCAUGUCUUUAGGAACUGACGAAGAUGGCCAAACUCUAUCAGUUACCCACUACAAGUUGAAAGCUGCCCAAGAUAAGUAUUUUUUGCAGCAACGCGGCGAUUUUCUUGAUGACAAGAUAAACAGAAUCGAGAAAGAAAUCGUAGCUAUGGAGAACACACUGAAAAUAGUCAAUCUCACCAACGCAGCUUACAAAAAAAGCUUGAGCGAGGUAGAAGACACAGAUAAGGAAGCUCAAACGAUGGAAAGCUUACAGAAAAAGUUUGUCGAAUUAACCGAUCAACAAAGAAUACUCAGAAAAAACUUGGCAAGUGAGAAAGAUGAGCUGAAAGAACUGAAAAAUGAAAUGGAAGAACUGAAAAAGAACAGGAAAGACUUGGAAUCCUCCCUUGCAGAAUUGGAAGCGGAAUUCAACAAGAUACAGAACGAAUUGAGAGAUAAACAGGAAAAGGUCAAAAGGACCGAAAAUUUGUUGAGGAAAGUGGAGAAAAAACUGAAACUAGAAACACUGGCCAAAUACGACAGAGAUUUGGAAGUGCAACAAAUGUCAGAGGCCAAUAAGAAUGGGCUGGAAAAGCUUUGUCACAUAGCAGAGACCGAUUACCAACUGAAAAGGGCUUUGGAAAGCUCCGCUGAACAAUACAACAUUAAAUUACCCAAUAUGAAAAUUGUAUCUUCCAAGUUCAGCGACAUCUCAUAUUCCUCGAGCGAUUUUCAGUCUACUCUAUCGUCAGACAUAAAAUCGACAAGGAGCUCAGCGGAGAGUAAGACAAGCUUACAUUUGUCACUUAAGGAGGAUCAAUCUGGUUCCUGCCAAUGUUCCAGUGCUGUAUCGGUUUCAAAUUUGGUGUUAUCGUUCGAUGGAACCACCAAGAAAUAAUCAAUGAUUCUUAUUUUAUAAAAUUUUUUUUUAUUCAAAUAUACUUAUCUGAGAAUUUUUAACAUAUAAAAUCUGAUUCACUAUA